GUUCGACAGACAAAACAUUUUAAAUUCCAAAUGCUAAAAUACUAUAAUGUUCAUGGUGAAAGUUAUAGGAAGACUUCUAAAUAGAUGGACAACGUGGAAAAUUCUUAAUUCAAAGCAGCAACUUGUAAAAGCUCAUAUCAGUGCCAGAUCGAGACAGUAUAGCAAUGGAAUAUGUCCGCCAGGUAAGCCUCACAAAAGGUCUGAAGAUGGUGGUGGUGGCGCAGGCGGCAAACUAAAAUGGGCUUCGGCGGUUUUAGCAUUAGCUGGCGGAGGGACUUUGGUUUAUGCUCAUUUCAAUCCAGAGUUUAGGAAAACUGUAACAUCCCUUGUACCUGCAUUGAAUCCAAUAUUAGACGCAAUGGACCAAUAUUCACCGAGCACGUUGUACAGUAACACCAAACAAUCCCUUUUGGACAAGUUCGCCCAUGAAGAAGCCAGACCAGUAAAAAAAGGCCAAAUACCGGAACCCAAAGAGUACAAAGCCCCACCGCCGAUUAUACCUCAUCUUGAAAAAGACGUGAAAAAACACGAAGACGCCUAUAAUGAAAUUCGUGUCAAAGCAGAAACCGGUGUUUCCGAUGAGUUUGAUAUUGCCGGGGAACCAAAACCACAACUGAGCCCUCGUAACACUACAGCGCUCGCCGAACUUGAAGCUAAAAUUUGCCACUCAGCAGAAGAAGCCGUAAAUGCUUACCAUAAAGCUGUACAUGUAUUGCUUAGCUAUAACCAAGACAUCGAGUAUAUGUUGGAUGAAGCAGUGAAUCAGGUAGAGCCAGAAAUAUGGGAAAAGAUACGACUCAAAACGCGACAUAAGAACGAGUGCCUUAAACGUGCUCAAGAGAAAGCAGAUGAAGCCAGUAGGGAUGUAAAUAGACUCAAGGAAUUAAUUGCGAGUCCUGAUUUUGAUGCUCCUGAAAACACUAAGUCAAUUAUCAGGAAUAAUAUUUCAAAAGUACAAGACGAUAUUAACACCGCUAAAAAAGAACUUGAAAUAGAGUUGCAACAUGGCAGCGUCACUGAAAAAUAUUGGGACAAAGUUGAAGUAGCGAGAAAAAAUUUCUCUAAUGAACUAGAAAUCCUUUUCCCUGACAUAGAUAUAUCCCAAAAGCGGCUUAUAAUUCGCGAAAGCGAAUUAGACUUAUUUAUCUUACACAUAUAUGCCCACGUCCUAUUUCAUCAAAAAGAAUUAGCUAAAAUAGAGACUGUUCUGCAAAGCAGAGUGGAUAUAGCUGUAGAACAAGCCAAAAAGGGCGGUUUGGAACCAUUGACUGUAGCACAAAUAUGUGAAGCUGUAGAACAAGAAAGAAGACGUUUAACUGCUUGCUUCCAACAACAACUACUCAGAUUGAAGAAAGACUCUGAGACCGCUUACCGUGAAAAACUUAAACGACAAGCACAAUUAUUUAACGAAAAUUCACAAGUAGCUAUAAGAGCUAGAGAAAUCGAUAUUGAAAAAAUUUUGACCAGAAAAUUUGAUGAACUUUUAGAAGAAGAAAGAUGCAGAUUCAAAUAUCAACUGGCGACAAUGAUGGGUAGGCUAAAGGGCUUAGAUCAAGCCAUCAAAAUUAGAAAUGAUGCUGAUGCCUCGUCCAAACAAGCUCAAGUAUUGUGGGCAGCAUGUCAGUCUCUGCUGCGAGCUGUCAGAUCAGGCUGUCCAGGAAUUCCAUGGAAAGAUCAAAUUAGACCUCUUAAACCGGAAAUCCAGGGGGUUGUUAAUGCUGCUUCACCAACUGAUGAACUUGUAACAGCAGUAAUCAGUGGCCUUCCUAAAGAAGCAAGAGAAAGGGGAGUUUUUCCAGAAGAUGCUCUUAGAGAGAGAUUUUUAAAAGUGGAAAAAGUGGCCAGAACUGUGGAUUUAGUACCAGCUGGUGGUGCUUCGCUUCCCGUCCACAUUUUGUCCUACAUACAAUCGCUGAUGUUAAUAAAAUCCUCCAAUCUAAUUCCUCAAGCUGAAAUAAAUGACGAACAGAUUGACUUUAGCAACUUGACUACUCACGAAGUUUUGCAGAGAGCCAGAUAUUGGUUGGAUAGAGGCGAUUUUGCUCAAGCCCUAAAAUACAUGAACUUACUUAAAGGUGCCCCAAGAUGUAUAGCUAGACAAUGGAUGAAUGAAACUAGAAUUCUUCUGGAAACCCAACAAGCAGCUAAUACGUUGAUGGCACACGCAGCUUCUAGUGGACUGAUGUAUUUGUAAAAUUUAUUAUCGAACAUGCUUUUUUUGAUGAAUAUAAAAUUUUGUGAUUGUAUUUAGUAGUUUAACUGUUGAAUUAUAAAUAUACUAUAUAUUAUUCAAUUUGAAUUUGCUUUGGAAAAAAUGCAGAAGCGUCACGAAUUCUGGUAUUUAAAGGCCCCACAAAAUUGAACCAAAAAACCCAGUUUCGUCUUCCAUUUCAAACAAAAAGGCAAAUUCUAGGUUACCACAUAGGUUUCACGAAAAAUAAAUAAUACAAGAUAAAUAAAUGUGCAAUUUGCAGCUAA